AUCGCCCUUGCCAGCUUCUACGAGGACGGGGGUGAUGAGGACAUCCUGACUCUUCCCCAGCCGACACCCAGCGCCAUAUCCAGAGGCACCAUCGCCAGUGACCACAGAGUGACAUCGUUUAGAGACCUCGUUCACGCGCAGGAGGAUGACGAUGAAGAGGAGGAGGGACAGCGGUUUUAUGCUGGUGGCUCGGAGAGGAGCGGACAGCAGAUCGUUGGCCCUCCGAGGAAGAAGAGUCCCAACGAGCUGGUGGAGGAUCUGUUCAAAGGAGCGAAGGAGCACGGGGCGGUGGCAGUUGAUCGGACGGCCAAGAGCGGCGGCGAGACUAGCAAGCCAAAACCCUUCGCAGGGGGAGGGUAUCGCCUCGGCGCAACUCCAGAGGAGGAGUCGGCUUAUGUGGCAGGAGAGAGGAGACAGAAUUCUGCUCAGGAUGUGCACGUGGUGCUGAACAAACUGGACGGCGGCGAACUGAGGAGCUACCAGGAUCCGUCCAACGCCCAGUUUCUCGACGAUAUCCGCAGAGGGGAAGUCCCGGCAGAGCUGCGCAGGUUAGCACGGGGCGGACAAGUGAACCUGGACAUGGAGGAUCACCGCGAUGAGGAGUAUGUGAAGCCUAAAAGUGUCUUCAGAGCUUUUACUGGAGAGGGGCAGAAGCUGGGCAGCACCGCGCCCCAGGUGAUGGGCACCAGCUCGCCAGCCCAGCAGGCCGAGAACGAAGCCAAAGCCAGUUCUGCCAUCACCAUCAAUGAGUCGGAACCCGUCACCAACAUCCAGAUCCGGCUCGCUGACGGCGGGCGACUGGUCCAGAAGUUUAACCACAAUCACAGGAUCCGUGACAUCCGGCUCUUCAUAGUAGAUGCGCGGCCGGCGAUGGCGGCCACCAGCUUCGUCCUUAUGACCACCUUCCCAAACAAAGAGCUGACGGACGAGAACCAGACCCUGAAGGAAGCCAACCUGCUCAACGCCGUCAUUGUUCAGCGGCUGACAUAAAGGAACCCUCCUCUGGCCACGUGCCCACCUGCAGCGCGUGCGUGUUGUCUCGUCCCGUGCGUGCAACUGCGCUGUGCGGCACCGACUCACGUCUACUUGUAGCUCGGAUUUCUUAGGUCUUGGUUGGACUUUUCUUUUUUUUUUCUCUUUAGUUGCAUUUCCCAUGGGGUUUUUUUGUUUUUUCUUUUUUUUUUGUGAUGAUGAUCAGUGGACUUUAAAAUAAAUAAAUGAAACGAAUCCGUUU